AUGCAAGAGGUACUCUAUUGUCAGACUUGGAACCAGAAAUUACUAGUUUUAUCCCUUUAGAAAUUUCCUACCUUCAAAAAAUUGAUUAAUCAUUUGUCAAAACAGCUUGGCAUCCCAACGGCAUUCUUAAGAUUAGUCUAAGCAAACAAAAAUAUUCAUGAAUUGAGUCAGUUGAAAACAGAUUACACUCUCAGUGUUACAUUGUCGAAUGGACUAUAGGGCGGUAAAGGUGGAUUUGGUUCUCUAUUGAGAAGCAUGAACCCAAAAAAGAAGCAGGAAUAAAACUUUGAAUCGUGCCGUGAUCUUUCAGGUAGAAGACUCAGAAAUACCCUCAAUGAGUCAAGACUUGAAGAAUGGAAAAAGCGAUAGGAGGAGGAGGAAAAGUAUGUGAAGGAGGAAAAUGCAGAAUAUGAGAAAAAUAAAAACAAUCUACAAAAAGCAAUACAUGCCAACAAUUUUAAGAUAGAUGAGAAGUACAAACAGCAAGUACAAAAUGGUGCUAAAACUAUUGCUGAAAGUAUCAAACUAGGGAAGCUAAUGAAUCAAAAGAAAAGAGAGAUCAAAUUAGAACACAAAUUGAAGAAGAAGGGUAUAGAUUUAGAGGAGCUAUUGAAGGACGAAAAUUAAGUAAAUACCCUAAAUGCAUCAAAUAAGAUUGAUAAAAAGAAUCUAAACGGAUUAGAAAAUCCACUUAAAAGGUCAAAACUGCAUCAUAAUGAACUAGAUAAAAGCUCCUCUUUAGAUAAGGAAAUGAUAAAGUCAAGUGUUUGA